CAACAGAACAGUCCCACAAACAAUACAACAGUCACACAUCGGCUACCUUCAGUUAAUUCUGCUCCACAUUUGAAUGGUAACGGUCAUAGAGAUGACGUCACGUUUGCCAAUGGACAGAGAGAGAAGCAAAGAGGCAAUGAGAAGACGGAGAUUAUGGAAUCUGAUAACGCACCUACUUCGAAACCUAAAUCGAAAAUGGCGCGAACUCGGCAAACAGUUAAAAUAUCCCUUUUGGUCGGAGUGUGGAUAUUUUUCACAGUGGUAUUUCUGAUGCAUAAUGAGAAGGAAGAAGUUACUAGACAUUCUUCUGUGGCUCCUGGAGAUAUCAAAGACUACUUAAUCCAGAAUGAUAAAAACAAGCAUUCAGUGUUACUAAAACUGACCGGACCAUUCUUGUCCGAAGCUUACGAGAAAAAAUUGAACAUUCAUGAAAAGCUGAAUAUGAGUAGAAUGGAUAUUUGGAUAGAAAAGUGGAUUCCCAAAGGCCCUACGCAGGAUCUUGGAGAGAGCUCUGAUUAUGAGACCAUAGAGACCUCCAUUCAUUGGACGAUAAUAUUAGAAAAUCAAGCCGAAGACUUCCAUGAGAGUGAGACUCGAUCUUCUGUCUUAGUUCUACCAUCUUCUUCUGCAAAUCAUAGCGUUUUAGCUGUGAGAAUGGUUACUACAUCUAAUGUUACGACUCCGUUCACUCUGAGCUAUACUUUGGAUCCCCUAGAUGGGACUACUGGCAUUAUUUAUGCUUGUAUUCUUCUGUUUGCGUUAUAUGCCUUGAUUGUGUUUGAGGUAAUAAACAGGACUAUGGCAGCAGUUCUCCUAUCCACUACAUCACUAGCAGUAUUAUCCAUAGCUGGCGAAAGACCGUCAGUGCCGGAGAUCAUAUCCUGGCUGGACGUGGAGACAUUACUCCUACUCUUCAGUAUGAUGGUUCUGGUCGCCAUCUUGGCUGAAACUGGAGUUUUUGAUUACUUCGCUGUACUGACUUUUCAGCUAGCCAGAGGCAAGAUAUGGCCUUUGAUAACAAUGCUUUGUGGGAUGACAUCAAUAGUAUCAUUGUUACUCGAUAAUGUUACGACUGUGCUUCUAAUGACGCCUGUGUCUAUAAGGCUAUGCGAGGUAAUGGAAUUGGACCCCAUACCGGUGUUACUGGCAAUGGUUUUAUUCUGCAACCUUGGCGGCACUGCGACUCCUGUAGGCGACCCUCCAAACGUUAUCAUAGCUUCUAACAAGCAAGUUGUUCAGGCUGGCAUCAACUUCACCAACUUUACUCUGCAUAUGAGCUUCGGUAUACUCCUGGUAGCUGUUCAGACCUACCUUCAGGUCAGGUUCAUUUUUCGAGACACAAACAAAUUGAGAUUGACUGAAUCUAAAGAUGUUCAAGAUCUUCGUCGUCAAAUUUUAGUAUGGAGACGUGCAGUAGAUUCCUUACACCACUUAAGUCCAGAACAGCUUAUAGUCAAAGACAGAUUAGAAAGAAAAAUAAAGAAGUUGACUAUCAAACUGGAUGAGGUUAUAAGAGAAGAUAAAAUUAGGACAUGUACUGAAGAAAAUUUUGAAAGCACGUUAACUGAAAUGAGAAAGAAGUACAAAAUAAGGGACAAAGUGCUACUGGUAAAGUGUGCAGUCACCAUUGCAUUCGUCAUCAUCGUGUUUUUCCUGCAUUCUAUACCGGAGUUUAAUCGAGUGUCCCUGGGUUGGACGGCGUUGCUGGGCGCGCUGCUGCUGCUGACUUUGGCAGACCGCGAGGAUUUGGAGCCGGUACUACACAGGAUCGAGUGGUCCACUCUGCUUUUCUUCGCCGCGCUCUUUGUGCUUAUGGAGGCUUUGUCCAAAUUAGGGCUGAUUGGUUACAUCGGAGGCUGGACAGAAGCUUUAAUACUUCGAGUAGAUGAAAGUGAUCGAUUGGCUGUAGCCCUUAUAAUAAUGGUCUGGGUAUCUGGUAUAACAUCAGCGUUUGUGGACAACGUACCUCUGACUACUAUGAUGGUUCGAGUUGUGACGUCAUUGGGCACCCAUCCUACGCUUAACCUGCCCAUGGAACCGCUUAUAUGGGCGUUAUCCUUCGGCGUCUGUUUGGGAGGUAACGGUACCCUAAUCGGUGCCAGUUCAAACGUGGUGUGCGUCGGAUUGGCAGAACAACAUGGAUAUAAAAUUACUUUCAUGCAGUUCUUCAAAAUUGGCUUCCCAGUCAUGAUAGGACACUUAGUCGUCGCUACAGCUUAUUUGUUAUUAUGCCAUUGCGUUUUCACGUGGCAUUAGAGAGCUUUGAUAUUCUAAAUAUGUUUUUAAUGGCUCCUCCUAUCAUUAUCAACAGCCUAUAAGAAAUAUUAAUU